AUGCCGAGCGGGCUUUGGAUGCUGCUCCCCGGGUUGCUGUGCUCCGUGCUGCCGGUGGGCAGCGGUCGCCGGCCGGGGAGCGGAGCGGCGGCACCGAGCGUCUCGCGGGCCAGGUGCACCUCGCGCUGCCUCGCGCUGCACAUCGCACACCUGAGCACGAGCUUCAGGAGCCUGCAGAAUGAGGAGAUUCUAACUUGGUGCGAGGGUCAUAGGAGGUGUGCUCAGUGCCUACAGCCUUGCAGACAGUUGUGGGACACCAAUAAAAACCAGUGCCAGCGACAGUGUGAGAAGCACCAUGAAUGUUUGACUAGCUGUGAGUUUCUGAAAUCCAUUCAGAUGGUGAAGCAAGGUGACUGCCCAGCACCACAGAAAGCCUGGGGCUUUGCAGCAGCCUGUGUCCAGAGCUGCAACUCAGAUACAGAGUGCCCAAGUACUCGAAAAUGUUGUUCUAAUGGCUGUGGCCAGACCUGCCAAGCACCAGCAAAUAUGUUCAAAGGUGUCCCAUUGAAGCCCAGGAAGGAAUUGAGUUUCACAGAAGACAAAAAUGGGAACCUAGCAGUUGCAUGGAUGUCGAAGUUUAAUAUUUCUAUGGAACCAGUUUUUUAUAUAUUGCAGAGAAGAUGGAACUCUGGAAUGUAUCCAAGUGAAGAUGAUGCUAGCAAGUGGGAGACAAUUGCUUAUACAAUAGAGGAGCAUGUUGAUCUGAAAAAUAUGAGACCAAACAUAUGGUACCAGUUCAGAGUAGCUGCAGUCAACAUCCAUGGAACUCGAGGUUUCACCACCCCCAGUAAACACUUCCACUCAUCCCGAGAUCCUUCGCCACCAGGUGCACCUAGAAAUUUGCAGAAAGGCAAUUUCACUGCAAGCCACAACGGUGUUUUCAGUCUUAUAAUUCACUGGGAUCCACCCCAAGAGGAAGAUCUCUUCAUUCACCAUUACAGAAUUUACUGGAGUCAGUGGGUUUCCAGGAAAACUGUUUUUCUCACAAAGAAAGAAAACUGGAAGAUAAUUGAAGGAGGAAAGGAUGAAGUUGAGAUUGAAAGUCUACAGCCAAACACAGAAUAUCUGGUACAAAUGCAGGCAGUGGCCAACUGGGGGCAAAAGCGCUUAAAGAGCAGCAAAGCUUUGUUUUUUUUUAAUACCCCUUCCACAGACAUCCAGUCAAAUCAUGCUAGCACUACAGAUGAGGUGUCCAAUGAACUUCCAUCUAUUGAUGAGAUGUUUGACAUUCGAAGUCUGGAGGCAGCAGUCCCCUAUAUCCAUGGCAACCAGCUGCAAGUUAAAGUACACUGGAAAAAAUCAGAAGAAGAAAGCCUCAAGGAUCACAAUACCUACUUGUUAACAUGGGUACCCGAAUCCUGUGCCAAGAACAAUUCACAAAUACAGCGACAUGCAACUGUCAAGGGCACUCACUUCGUUAUCACUGGCCUCUCAUUUGCUUGUGAAUAUAAGGUGACUGUGCAACCCAUCGUUCUCCAGGGUCAGGCAAGGCAGGCUGUGACCUAUGUAACAACUCCUCAUUGCAGCAGUUCAAUUAAACUCAAAGUGCUGAAAAACCUACUUUGUGCAAGAAAUGGGCUUCGCCAGAUGUCCAGUCAAGCUUCUGGAAAGGUCAUAGUGAAAGCAGAGAAACUAACUGCUGCUUUUGUUGCUGAAAAUGGCUCUGUCACUGGAGAGUUCCAUUGGCAGGUUUCACAGAACCAACCUCAUCAGUUAGUCACUGGGUACCAAUUCAACUGGACGGAAAUAUCCACUGUUAACAGACCUGUUGUCAUGCCAAACAUGGUCAUUUCCCGAAGUCAAGUACUGCCACCAGAUCAGCCUUUUAUGACAAUCUUUAAUCUUCAGCCUUUGACAACUUAUCAGAUUCAAGUUCACGUCCUGUCUAUAACUGGCAAAGGCCCAGCAACCGUUAAAACAUUUCAAACACCACAGGUUUACACUACAGUCUCGUAAAGGUGCUAACCAAGACAGUCAAAUCUGGCGUCAAGAAGCUCACAACAGGGAUGGAAUUUAAACAAAACUCAGAUUCAUCAUCGCAGUGACCAAAACUGUUUUUUAUUCUAACAACAGAGUUAUUUAUAAGACUAUCCGGACUAUUCUGGAUUUUGCGCUUCUGCUAGUUUCAUAUGUCAUGUUUAUUGAGAUUUAUAAUUUUUUCAUUUCACUAGUUCUUCAAGGUAUAUUUGGCAUUCGCAGUUAAACGUCCUGGCACAAGUGUCUCAGAAAAUUCUGGAUUGUUAUAAUUGAGGAAACAAACUUUUGGCAAUCUCUCACUAAUUUAAUGAUUGUUGAGUGAAUAAGGACGACAUGUCUGAUAUUUCCCUCGACAUCGCAAAGCAAUCUCAUGACACAAAUCAAGCAGAGAACUACUAAUUACAGCCUAAGGUGAAACACAGUAGAAUAUGAUUCAUGGAAAUGUGCAUCAUUAAAUAAGUGAGUGAAAAUUAAUAACUGUCCAACCCGAAGGUAAAGACAAUGCCAAAGACAACUCGUUGUGGUUUCAGGAAAGCUGACUUAAUGGAUGUAGCCUACAAGUGCUGAGAAUACAUAUUACUUCACUGUGAGAAUCCCAUGGUUGGUUCUCCUCUUUAAAAAAAAGUUUAUCACCUUCACUUCCGAUAACUGUAAUAGUUGUCACAAGGCUGUUCUUUGCACUGCAUCGGACUCUCCAGCCCUCGAGAAAUGAAACCAAGUAAUUAACUGCAGGAAGGCAGGGAGAAUAUUAUAUUGUACACUGACUAGAUGAAGUUUGCAUGUGACAUUUCCAUCACCACAGCAAAACUGAAGUCAUAAUAUUCUGCUGGUAGUAGGUUAUCUUUGUAAGUGCUUUGCUUGGUGUGCUCUGAGUCAUAUGUAAAUAUGAAACUUGUAACAUCUUUAACUUUCCAAGAAUGAGGGAUAUUUACAUGUUCUCUGAGAAUCUUGGCAGUCAUUUUCUAAGUUUGUUAUCCAGCACAGUGUGGAAAUGAGAGUUACAUAGGAAAUAACUGCUCUGUCUGUAUUCAAGUUGGAGCUUCUUUUGGAAAGGAAUUAGAACACUAGAUUCAAUCCAGCAUAUUCAUGCUCUGACUCACCUGAAGAGGGAGCAAGUUGGAAAAUUAAUGCUCUGAUCUUGUAGCCCUCUCACAACCUACGCUCCCCUUGUGCCUGGAUCAGCACUGGGGACUAGAUCUUAGCUGAAGGAAUAAGUCUCCAAACAAGUGAGGAAGCAGCCCAACAUUUGACACUAAAUUUGAUAGCUGCAGAAAUCAAGGCCAUGUUUGAUUACUUUCUAUGAAGCCUCAUGAGUAUUAUUGCAAAGCACAGUAAUUUCACCUCUCUCUGCAGCCACUUGAGCUGUUUGCAAGGGUUGCCUUCCGUGCCACUUCAUGACAUAAUUUCCAUAGGUCAGCAUUGGAACAUAACUGCAAGAGGCUUCAGUCAAGUCCCAAACUGACCCUACAAGUUUCAGAUCCUUUGCUGCAAGAUCACUGUAGAUGUCCAUGCAGCAGAUGGUGCCACUCCGCGUGUACAUCUCUGUUGAACAAGUCCCCGAGAAGACAAGAAUGCAUGACGUUGCCACAGAGAUAGGUUAGGAUAAACGGUUAGCUGUAUCUUCAUGGGAACACCCAAUGCUAACUUUAGAGCAGUCUGCACAGCCUUCUUUCUGACAGUACUACAUAAAGCGUAACGUACUGUGACUGGGGUGCUUUUAAAGAACUUCUUAGCAUAAAGGUUAUUCAGGCAUUCCCACCUCAAAGUUGUCGGCAAGGGUCUGCCUGCACAUCCACCUUUGGGAAUUGAAGUCUCACCAGUAUUGUAUCAAAGUGCAGCAAUUUCACUUGUCUCUUCAGAUGCUGGAAUGGAGGUGCCAAUAGGAGGGCAAGGAGCACCUAUAAGGCAGUAUGAUCGAUGUGGGUAUUCUUCUUCUGGCUCUUUUCUUCCACCAAACAUGUCAGCUUGGAGGAUUCCCAUUGGCUGGAGUUAGGGAAGAAAAAAGUAACUGUUGGCAUAAAGUCUCAUGAAAACAAUCACAGCAGAAAAGAAAUACCAUCAAAGGUCCAAAGAAACAUACCUUUAACUUAUGUGGGCCUUUCAAAGAAUGUAUAGCCAAAGGCGUAAAUCCCAUGAGAUUGCAGGCUGGGGUCUUGGUGUUUAGCACACCCAUGGCUGCAAAUGGAGCAGCACCCUUCUCAAACCCUUUUGUGUAUAAAAAAUGCUUGUCUUGCAUUUUUAUUGUGCCUUUCAUGACUUCAAGACAUCCCAAAGUGCUUUACAGCUAAUGAACUUUUAAGUGUAAUAACCUUUGUAAUACAAUAAUGAAGCUUCACUUGGGUCCACCUAGAAAAUGGAGCAGGGAUGAUUUUAGAAGUAAGACUUCUUUUUGAUAAAUACAUCCUACCUGUAAACCCAGGGAAGUAUUUUACAGCCCCUCCCUGUGGCAGGAUUUUCUGGUCCCACCAAAUUCAAUGGACUUUUGAACGCUCACCACAUUUUACAGCCCUGCCCCCGCUGCGAUGGUGUUGUAAAAUUCCACCCCCAGUCUUUUCUUUAAACCAGAAUGCAUUAAAUGUUUGAUUCCCAUAUUUUUCCAUCGCCUUAUGUGGGGUAGAAUUUCUGCUGGGAUUCCCAAAUCUCCCUGGAAUAUCUGCUGUUUAUGGGAGAUGGGAACCCUGUAGAAACUUACCCCAACAUCUAUAGCACUACCUGCUAAUAGCUUAUUAUUCGAUCCAUUGCACAACCCUCAACGAGGGUUAAAACAGAAAAAUGCUGGAAAUACUCAGCUGGUCAGGCAGCAUCUGUGGAAGGAGCGAAACAGAGUUAACCUUC